AUGCCACCUUCACCCCAUUUUUCGAGGGCACCUGCGCUCGCCCGUUCAUUUGCCACUCGUUCCACGCCCCAGCCUCGUUCAAGAUCAAGAAAGUUCGUCCGUCGCGCUGGAUAUACAGCUUUAGGACUGGGAGGAAUUUGGGCUGCUGACAAGGAAUUCAACGCGUCCGCAAUAGCCCGAAGCUUCAGAACGCUAUGGACUUGUGCAGUCAUCACCGUAGACUACAAGCUCAACUUCACGAAGGAAAAGAGUGAUCAGAUACACCUCUUGCAUGAACGCGUUGCAGAUCGAAUGUACAACUUACUCACUUCAAAUGGAGGGUUAUAUAUCAAAUUCGGUCAAGCAAUUGGCGCAAACGCAGCACUGCUUCCCGAGCCCAUGCAAGCCAAAUUCGCAAAGCUCUUCGACGACGCACCACAAGUCCCGUACUCGACCGUACUCUCCGUGUUCCAAUCAGAAUUUGGCCGACCACCGAGCGGGCCUGGCGGUGUGUUUGAAAUAUUCGAAGAGCAGUCCAUCGCGGCUGCGAGCAUUGCGCAGGUUCACCGGGCGAAGCUGUGGCCGUCAGAAGGCGAUACGGAGGAGAAAUGGGUUGCGGUGAAGAUCCAGAAACCAGACGUUGGGCAGCAGAUGGAGUGGGAUCUGGGAGCGUACCGUUUGGCUAUGUGGUUUUUUGAGAAUGCGGCGUUUGAUCUGCCGGUGUACUUUGUCGUCGAAUUCAUCAACGAGCAUCUGCGUCGUGAGCUUGACUUUGUGCAGGAAGCAGCUAGUUCGCAGGAGACCGCACGCUUCGUCGCGUCGGAACCGCGGCUCAGCCAGAGCGUCUACAUCCCCAAGGUGUAUCCUCAAUUUUCCACCAAACGCAUCUUGACUGCCGAAUGGAUCGAUGGGGUCCGGCUUAGCAACCGGCAAGCUGUCCGUCAGCUUAUGGGCGAAGAAGCAUCCCCAGCGGACAACGUGAUGCCUCCUCUCAAAGGUGGGAUGAAGGCUGUCAUGCAAACGAUGGUCGAGCUGUUCAGCGCGCAGAUAUUCAGCUGGGGCUGGGUGCACUGCGAUCCCCAUCCCGGCAACAUCAUCAUCCGCCCCCAUCCAUCCGGCAACAACAAACCCCAGCUUGUCCUCCUCGACCACGGAUUGUACGUCCGCCUCUCCGAGGAUUUCAGAAGGCAAUACGCCGAUUUGUGGCGAGCGCUGCUAGCAGGGGAUUUCGCCACGCUGAAAGACGUGACGGAGCAGUGGGGGAUUGGGGCGCCUGAUAUCUUUGCGAGCGCUACACUCUUGAAACCUGUAAAAUUCGGCGGGGGCAAGGAGAAACAAAAGCAGAUAGACGAGCUGGCAAAGUUAAGCGAGUACGAUCAGAGUAUGUUGAUGAAAGAGAGGCUAAGAGGAUUCUUGGUCGACACCGAUAAAAUGCCCAAGGCUCUGGUGUUUCUCGGUCGGAAUAUGCGCAUCGUGCAAGGGAACAAUCAAGCCUUUGGAUCCCCCGUUAACCGCAUCAGGAUAACAGGCUACUGGGCCUCCCGCUCUCUCACCACCGUCGACCAUCACGCUUCGCUCCGAGACCGGCUUCGAGAAUCCUGGUUCCACUUUGUAUUCAGGAACACCAUGCUCAUACUGGAUGGAAUGUUCUACUGGCAAAUGGCUGUGCAGAGCGUGCGUCGGGUUUUUGGGUUGAAGACGGAGAAUUUUGAGGAUGAGCUGGAGAGGAUGAUGCAGGGGGUGGCGAAGAGUAAAUUCGGUAUUGAGGUGAACAGCAGCAUGUUUGAGGGAUAG